AUGGGCAAGAUCGAGGAGCUGCCCGACGACUUCGACGAAUCACUCAACCUUAAUGACCAUGCCGUAAACCCGCCUCCCAAGCCUUCCGACCUUCCCAGUGGCCCCGGUCCAAGCGGAGUACCUUCGCUCGAAUCCCUCCUCAACAAUGCUACCCAAACCAAGGGCUCGUCUACGGCCGAGGAGCCUUCCGACGGAAAGGCGUCGGCUGCAAAGCCCCCGGCCAUGACGGAGACCGCAUCCAAGACUGCUGACGAGUUGCUGGCCGAGCUCAAUCGCACGCCGCUUUUUAUGACAUCACUAGACGAGAGCGAUGGGCAAGGCGGUGAGAAUGCGGCUCUGGAAGGAUUGAAGGCGCUCGCAUACGAAGGAACCAAGGCUGAGGUCGCCGGUAAUUUCCGUGAACAAGGAAAUGAGUGCGCCCGCGCAAAGCAGUGGGUUGAUGCACGGGAGUUCUAUGACAAGGCUCUUGGCGUGCUCAAGGGUGUGGGGAAAGAGCUGAACGAGGAUCCGGACAUGGAUCUUGCGGAUGGACAGAAACUGGACCCGGACGAGGAGGCGCGGAAGGAAAGGCAGAUCGAGGAAGCCUCUCUCGUCAACAAGGCGUUGUGCAACCUGGAGAUGAAGAACUACCGCUCUUGCAUACAAAAUUGCAAGGCAACUCUUCUUAUCAACCCGUUGAAUGUGAAGGCCUGGUACCGCAGCGCCACGGCUCUUCUUGCUUUGGACAAGAUCCCGGAAGCCGAGGACUCAUGUGAGCGUGGUCUGGCAAUUGAUGCCAGCAAUGCCUCCCUCAAGACUCUCAAAAGCAAGAUUGCAACACGCAAGAAGCAUCUCAAGGAGACCGAACGGAAGCGCGAGGAGCGGGAGACUAAAAAGCGGAAUGAGGAGAACGCACUUCAAUUAGCCCUCAGAGCACGCAACAUCAAGACACGGUCUACUGGCGCAGACCCAGACACUGGUGACGCGAAGAUUGCGCUGACAGAGCCUCUGGACCCUUCAUCGGUCCUUUCAUUUCCCCUCAUCCUUCUCUACCCGCUGGACGCACAGAGCGACUUCAUUCAGGCGUGCGCCGAGACGGACAGCCUUGGCCAGCACCUCGAGUACAUCCUGCCUGUGCCCUGGGACGCGAAGAGCGAAUACACACAUGCGGGUACUGAGUGCUACUUGGAGACGUCAUCCGGUGGCCUGAUCAAGGCGGGCAAGAAAGUUCCGCUGGGCAAGCUGUUGGCCGGGGGCACAGUGGAGAUCUUGGACGGACUGGUCAAGGUGAAUGUUGUGCCCAAAACCAGGGCGCAAGAGUGGAUCGCAGAAUUCAAGAAGAGAAAAGGUCUCUGA